UCACAUCACUGGGAUUUCGUUUCGAUAGCGGUACGCGGUUAUACGGUUGGUUCUACGGAUUAGCGCGAGUUUGACACCAUGGCGGCCCAGACUAUUCUGUUUGACUUUACGCUCGACAAGGACAAGACCGUCGACGAGGAGGCGCGCCUGCAGGUGGCCAAGAUCCUGCGGAACGAGCUGGAGCAGGUGUUCCCCCAGCUGGAGCUGGCCUAUUCGAUGGAGUCGCCGGAAAACGGGUACUUUGCUGUCCUGCACGAGAACAAGGACACGGUGAUUACCUGCCGGAUCUUCCAGCACGGCCUGCUGACACUCAACGUGGAGUAUUUCCUGCCCGACGGCAAGGAGCCCAGCAUAUCCUUCGACACCAUGCGCACAGUGGAACUGAUUUUGCGGCAGAAAUUUGAUUCCGAUCGGUCCAAGUACUUGCCCCCGAUUAAGCGCGGUGGAUAUAUCGACAUAUACAUGACUAGCUCAGAUGAGCGAAUCAUCGAGUACGACAUCGACAAGGUGGUGUUCGAGGCGCGCUCGCCCUUCCAGAAGAUUCAAAUCAUGCACUCGAAGACGCUGGGCAACAUGCUGCUGCUGGACGAGCUGCAGAAUAUUGCUGAAUCCGAUUUGAUCUACACGGAGACCCUGAUGUGUCGCGGCGUGGAGAACUACGAGGGCAAGGAGAUCUGCAUCCUGGGCGGCGGCGAUGGCGCCCUGCUGUACGAGCUGCUCAAGGAGAAUCCGAAGCACGUGGUGAUGCUGGAGAUCGAUGAGCUGGUGAUGCAGACUUGCAACAAAUACCUCAGCGUGAUCUGUGGCGAUGUGUUGGAGAAGCGCAAGACCGACCAGUACGAGAUAAUUGUGGGCGACUGUGUGGAGUACUUGAAGAAGUUCAUCGCCGAGGGCCGCAAGUUUGACUACGUGUUUGGGGAUCUCACGGAUAUACCCAUUACCGAUGCCCCGGAGGGCGAGACCUGGGACUUUAUCCGCACCAUCUUCGAGCACUCAUUUAAUGUGCUGAAACCCGAUGGAAAGUAUUUGACCCAUGGCAAUGGGUCCACCUGCAAGGUGCAGCUGCGUCUCUUCGAGGAGCAGCUGGAUUUGCUGCGUCCCAAGGUGAAGUUCACCACCACCAAGGCGUUUGUGCCGUCGUUCAUGGAAGAGUGGCUCUUCUAUCAAGUGACCUUCGCCUGACAAGCUCAGGGAGAUCCCUCAGCAGCAGCAUUAGCAUUAGCCGCCGUUCACACACCAGCAUCACACAGCACAAGUCAGGAAUCACAAACCGUCGGGGAGAUGCUCCAGUUGCACUCCUACACAGUCACGCUCCACGGAGCAGCAGCAGCAGGAGUCAAGGAGCAGGAGUUAAAACCACGACCCAGGCGUCGAAAGAAGCGUGUGCACUAUCAUCACACACUGGUUUCUUAGUCCAGCAAACGCACAAGCUAAUCGCCCAUCAUCGAAACCAUCGCAACAAGACCCAAAAACAAAAGAAAACACGCACUUCCAAUGGCUGUUACUUACUUAAUUGAAAACCAAACCAAAUACUGAACCCAAUUCGUUUACGCUUAAGUUAGGCUUUAGUUCCGUUUCUCGUCCUCUGAUUUCGAUGCUAAAACUAAGUCAAAAGUACAACCCUUUAACAAGGGGACAGGCUAAAUAACUUAUGUAUUCGUGUUUAUUUGAAUUACGCCUAAGCAUAGCAGGUUGGCCAACUAUUUGUAAUAUUUCGUAUAACGUGUAAAUCUAUAUAUGUAGAGCAUAUGUUUAGUUAUCCAUUAAAAGGCAAAUUGAGGCGGAAAGGGCCCAAUCGAGAAUGUGCUGAUGAGGGUGUGAGGAAGCGUAGCAGAAAACACCAACUUUUAUUGCUGUAAUAACGAUUAUACCAAACAUUUUAAACUAUAAAACUACCAAGUUAAUAAAUAGUCUUAUGCAGAAAUACAAA